CAAACAAAAGAGCAAUCCCAAGAGAAAUUACAACUAUUAAAUUUUGUUUACACUAAAUAUUUCUGUAAAAGUUUCAAAGUGAUAUUAAAUUUAAUUCAUAGAUAAUAAUAAGAAAGCAAAGGCAGUGUUACCGAACUGGAAAAUAAUUUGUGAUAAAAAAACAGUGUAACGUUAAAUUUCAGAAAAUAUGGAUUUAAAUGAAAAAGUGGAACAACUUACCAAUGAAACAGCGGAAUUACGGAAUGAAGUUACACAACUCAAAGAAUCAUUGACUAAGCAGAAUCAAACUAUAAUAAGGUUAAUCAAAGAACAGUGUCAUCUGUUGCGAAAAUAUGAGGAGAAUAAGAAGGACAAAGUCCUUUGUCAACAGACGGCAAAACAAUUUCUAAACAUAUUUCCAAUAAAUUCGCAAGACGAUUUGGAGAGCGCAGAAGAGAGUAUAAAUGAGGAAAAUAAAGGAGAAUGCACUGCACUCGCCCGAGCACUGUUAAUGCCUGGAAGUUUUAAAAAGAAUUUGAACAAGAUAUUGGGUAGUGAUGUUAUACUGGACUACAACGUUGACGGUAGACACAACAAGAAACGUAUACAGGAUUAUCCGAAAUUAUUGGAUGUGCUCUUCCAAGCGACAACUAGAGAGGGUUGGAAUUACAAAUAUUUUCUUGACGAUCUUCGAACUGGCUUCAAGUGUGCUAAAAAUAAACAUUUCAAAUUUAAUUGGGCACAACGUAGGAAAUAUUCUGAACAACCGACAAUUAAAAUCGAAGAAGUACUAAUUCCAUUUGACAAUGAAUAAAAAUGCUAACUAUAAAAUCAAUUUCUUUAUUUAUUUAAUAAAAAUUAAAAUGGGAGGGCUUAUUUAAGGGGAUUUCUAUCAAUUAUGUAUUUGCUUGAUGAACAACCUUCAGAUGGUAUAAGCAUUUCUCGAGCUUACAUUUUUUGUUGCAGCACCUAAGUGUUAAGAUGUUUGACACUAUAUUCACCACACACAAUGUGGGGUUGUCAAAUAUCAGACCGCCGGCUGAGUUUUUCCUAAAUUUUAUGUGCUUAAUAUUUAUUAGAUUUUUAUUUUGUAAUGCGAGAACUUGUUAAUUUGUGAUUAAAAAGAAAAAAGAGUGAUAAAAGAUUUGCCAUAUAUACGAAUAAAUAACAUUGUGCUGUGUUUACUGCAUAUCAAAGAUAAAAUUUGUCAAGGCACGCAGAAAAGGCGGCCUUGAAUUUAUAUGCAUGUACGAAACUACUG